AAGCAAUCUCUGAAGAGCUCGCGAUAAACAUAGAAAUGGUCUCCAAUGGUGAUAUGAUAUGUAGCUGCAGCAGAUUAUAGCCUGCAUCAUGGAAGAAAAACAAAUGUAGCCACGGGUUGCAAAAACUAUGGUAGUUUUGCGAGCAAGCGUAUCAUUGAAUGAAGCCUGUCUACUGUAUGCAUUUGAUAUUUACAGUGGAGGCAAUUUAGUUGUCUGUCAAUUGGGCUGCUAGCUAGUGAUGGGCCAUGUUAGCUCGAUGCUUAAGGCUAACUCGUUUAUUAUACAGUAGAUGUUAGGAAUCAGGCUAGUUGACGCUACCAAUUUUCACAUAUCCAAAAUAAUAGUGGAACAUCUGCGUGUAUUAUCAGAGAUGUUAUCAAUGCCAGCUGGCAUCUGAGAAGGUAUUGGAUUGAGAUUUCACCCAAUUUCCUCCUUUUGAAGAAAAGCAAACUGUCUGAGAUGGAUGAACAAAGUGUUGAGAGUAUUGCGGAGGUGUUCCGCUGUUUCAUCUGUAUGGAGAAGCUGCGGGAUGCUCGGCUCUGCCCCCACUGCUCCAAACUCUGCUGCUUCAGCUGCAUACGGCGCUGGUUGACUGAGCAGAGAGCCCAAUGCCCACACUGUCGGGCACCACUGCAGCUGCGGGAGUUGGUGAACUGCCGCUGGGCUGAAGAGGUUACCCAGCAGCUGGACACCCUGCAGCUCUGCAAUCUCUCCAAACAUGAGGAGAACGACAAGGACAAGUGUGAGAACCACCAUGAGAAACUCAGUGUGUUCUGCUGGACCUGUAAGAAGUGCAUCUGCCACCAGUGUGCUCUGUGGGGAGGCAUGCAUGGCGGCCACACCUUCAAGCCUCUGGCUGAGAUCUACGAGCAGCACGUGUCCAAGGUGAACGAGGAGGUGGCCAAGCUCCGCCGCCGCCUCAUGGAGCUCAUCAGCCUGGUGCAGGAGGUGGAGAGGAACGUGGAAGCAGUGCGAGGGGCCAAAGACGAGCGAGUGCGAGAGAUACGUAAUGCAGUAGAGAUGAUGAUUGCCCGUCUCGACAACCAGCUCAAAAACAAACUCAUCACCCUCAUGGGUCAGAAGACCUCCCUCACCCAAGAGACUGAGCUACUGGAGUCUCUCCUGCAGGAGGUGGAACAUCAGCUGCGCUCCUGCAGUAAGAGCGAGUUGAUCUCCAAGAGCCCAGAGAUCCUGCUGAUGUUCCAGCAGGUUCACCGCAAGCCCAUGCAGUCCUUUGUCACCACUCCAGUCCCCCCAGACUUCACCAGUGAGCUGGUUCCUGCCUAUGACUCAAGCACUUUUGUUCUGGCCAACUUCAGCACCCUGAGACAGAGGGCAGAUCCCGUCUAUAGCCCCCCACUCCAGAUAUCUGGCAUCUGCUGGAGACUCAAGGUUUAUCCAGAUGGCAACGGUGUGGUGCGCGGCAACUAUCUGUCCGUUUUCUUGGAACUGUCUGCAGGACUCCCUGAAACGUCAAAAUAUGAGUACCGUGUGGAGAUGGUCCAUCAGGUCUCCAGCGACCCCACUAAGAACAUCAUCAGGGAGUUUGCAUCAGACUUUGAGGUGGGGGAGUGCUGGGGCUACAAUCGCUUCUUCAGACUGGACCUGUUGGCCAGCGAGGGCUACCUCAACAUGCAGACUGACACCCUGGUCCUCAGGUAUCAGGUGCGUUCGCCCACCUUCUUCCAGAAGUGCAGAGACCAGUACUGGUACAUCAGCCAGCUGGAGUCAGCUCAGUCCAGCUACAUCCAGCAGAUCAACAACCUCAAAGAGAGGCUGGCCAUUGAGCUGUUCCGUAGGCAAAAGUCUCGCAGCUCGUCCCCGCCUGACCGGCGCCUGGGCCCCUCGACCUCGGAGAGAGACUCUCGCUCAGGGAAAGGUCCCGUGGCUGAGGAUGGCUGCCAGACCACUGCCACUGAGACCAAAGAGGAAGAGGAGGAGAAGACCCAGCACGAUGACUCCAAUGAGCUGUCUGAUGGGGACUUGGAAGUGGACUGUCUGACGGGGGACGAGGAGGUGAACCCUCUGGACGGUAGCAGCACCUCGGGCAGCUCCACGGCAACGAGCAACACAGAGGAGAACGACAUCGACGAGGAGACCAUGUCUGGGGAGAAUGAUGUGGAGUUCAGUGGGAACCUGGAGAUGGAGGAGGGAGAACUGCCUGACGAUGUGGCAGGGGCAGCAGGAGGCUCUAACCAUGGGGCCAGGUGUCUGAGACGUGGUGGAGGUCUCUCCUCCGCUGGCAGCAACAACAGUCUGCUGGAGAUUGACCCAGUCAUCCUCAUCCAGCUACUGGACCUGAAGGAACACAACAACGUGGAGUCACUAUGGGGCCUUCAGCCCAGACCUCCUGCUUCCCUGUUGCACAGCCAAGUCCAAGUCCACUCCAGAAAGGAGCGGGGUGAGCGCCGGCCUCAGGCAGUGAGGAGGGGAGCCCCAGACUCAGGGGUCCUGAUCCGGCUCAAGGCCCAGAUGGCUGAGGUGCGCAGUAAGAUGACGGAUGUCAAGUUUCAGCUGGAGGCGCGGGGGGAGGCCAGGGCAGGACCCUCUGGCGGAGCCACAGGGGAACAGGGGCCCUCUUACCACGCAGACUCAGACCUGGGGUCCAGCAGAAAGUCCACAGAGCUGGAUCUGAUGGGGAAAGGACCUGGGGCCUCCAGACACUGUCGCUCUGGAGGGAAGAAGGCCUUGUCUCCCAAGCAGGAGGGCAGCGGUCUGGGCCUGAGGAGAGCUACAGACAGAGUGGAGAAGGAGUCGAGAGGCCAGAGUGGUGAAGAGUUGUCUAGUGAUCAAAGCCUCUUCCCCAGGGACACCCCCGAAGGAGCUCUGAAGCCACAUAGCGUGCACAGCUCCCCUCCUUCUCUAGGCAGCUCAUCGUCCUGCUCCGACAGCAAGCCCUGCAUUUCCAAACACGACCAGGAGCAGCUCUACGGGGCUGAUCUGUACGCUCUGGGGGGCCUUAACGGCAUCUCCACCUCCACCAUAGCACGACCCAGGACCCAGCCCAUGGGGUCCGGCCUGCUGACGGACAGCUCUCUGGACUGUGACUUGGAGGAGACGGCUGAGGUCCGCCAGUCACUGCUCUCCCUGGCAGAGGGACCCUCUUCACGCUCUGACGAAAGUGAGCCCUACUGCUCUAACCCUCCUCUUCCUUCACCUUUACCUCGACCCUCCUCUAUGGAGGAAUGCUAUUGUGACGGCAGUCAUCUUGUCCAUAAGCAGACGGUGGUGCUGCUGCCAGGUAUGAGCAGUGACAGUGAGAUCGACUGUGACACGGAGAACGAAGACGAGGUGGUGGCCCUGGAGGCUGGAGACUGUCGCUAUGAUGCCCAGGCGCUGCCCUGUGCAGGGGCCCAGUUGAACUCUGAUGACCUGUGCUUCACCACAGGAGAGAACACAGAGAGGUGAUUCCCCGCCAACAUGGCCUCCACAGCCGGUCUAAACAGUGGCCAUCGCCGUAUGGGGACUGGAGAGCAGUGUAUAUAACUUUAAUGUACACAAGCACUUGUGUAGACACUUGCAUGCAGUCAUUUUAGUCACCGGCAACCCCAAAUGCAAUGAGAAUGCUACAACUCACUAAGUGAGCACCUUGAUGAUGACUGCAAAAUAUGUAAAUAUUUGAUCACUUUUAUUAAUCUCCAUUUAUAUUUAAAUGUAAAUUGGAUUAAAUAUGAGUUAGAAUGGGGCGAGGAACAAUAUACUUGCGAGAGACAUUCUUUAGGCUGUCGUUGUGAAAAGUAAAAUAGUAACAUUUUAUCAUAUGCAACUAACCUCAUGGUUGAUGUUUGCAAUGUCUAAAUACUCCGAUUGGGCUUUGGUCUGGACAUCGUGAGCUCUGGUGAAUUUUGAGAAAUAAGCACAGUGCACCUGCUUCAUAACAGAAAGAGAACCUUAAAAUCUAUCUGCCUUUCUGAUUCAAUGAGGUGCUAUUGAUGUGUUUGUGUGGAGGAGCACAGUCAGGCAGGCAUCACACAGUGCUGUAAUGAACACCCCAUUCUUGAAAACAGUCUGAACAAAUGCCUUGAAGUGGACGCAUUUAGUACCUUUAUUCCUGUAUCACCAUUGAUUUAAAACUUGUUAGGAAGUCCCUUUCUGUGCAAAUCUUAUCAAUGCAAACUACUGUAUUUCGUCUGCUACUCUCGGUAGAUUGGAGUUGCUUGCCCCCCAGUAAAUCUUUCAGAACAAGAACCAGUUUUGCUGCUGUGUAGACGCAUUGAAGGAUGUAUCAAUGGAACGUCCUUCUCUGGCAUGUGUAAGAGAUUGCUACCUUCUGAAUGUGUAUUGAGUAGUUUCUUAGUAGAAAUAUAGUCAUGACUCUUGCUCACAGUAGUGGAUUUUGACCGAAUUGAUUAUUCACACUGAACUUUCUUGGUUGACAGUCUGGGCUUUAAGUGCUUUUUAACCUUGUCUCGUAAUUAAACAUCAAAGCUGAUGUACCUUAUCCAUACAUACAGGGUUCUUUCUUUCACCAGUAAGUGUUUUCUGCAGCCCUUGUCAAGUCAAGAUGAGCUCUGUAACAUAGGCAUGUGUGUAGGUGUUUUUUUUUAAAGUUUUCUGCCCUAAUUCGAUCUUAACUCUCUGUAUUGUGUGCGCAACUCCUCCCAGUACAGCUAUUCUGCUCGUCUUUAAAAAAAUGGAUCCAUGCAAAUUAACACAUUUUGACUUCUAUGAAGCGGAUGUAAUUUUGUUUUCAACUUGGUGGAUUUCUUUCUCUUUUCAAAAAAUGUAUCCAAAUGUCACAUUCCGUCGUCUUGAUUCUAGAUUAUUUUAUUUUGCUUGUUUUCUGGGCAAAAUUUGACCAAGGCAAUAUUUGGAAAGUCAUUUGUUUGACAGAGACAUGUGUAAAUAAGUGUUUGUUUUGUACAAAGGCUUCCCAACAGUGAUGUGAAGUGUUCUGUGCUUUUAAAGCAUGUCAUUAGAGCAAUUUUCUUUCAAUAUCCUUUUUUGCCCAUCAGAGGGUGCCAUCUCUUCCUUGUAGUUGAGCUUUGCUGUGUGACCGUGGACCAUUUUAUUUACACAGUAACAUUUUAUUAUUUUCAACCCUUGAAAAGCAAUCUGACGACCACACUAGCAUCCACAUGGACAGCAUAGCAGAAACUGUACUCUUUGUAACAUGGAGAACCAUGAACACUGGCAAAGACAUUCUUCAUUGAAAUGUACACUGAAGAGGUGACCCAACUGAAUCUGUAAACAUUUCUAUCCAUUGAAAGGGAGAUGUGUAAGAUGUCUCAAAGUAUACUGGUGUGCAUUGACUAAUAAGGAAAUAUGUUCUAAAUGCCUGAAUGGAGAGCUCAGUGGUUUACACUAUAAAUAUCUUCCUUCAGCUGUAGGAUGCCUGAUGUUUACCCCCAGCUGCACAGCCUCCUAAUGUUCCAUCAUGUGUGCCUAAAACUGCAUGGCUUCAAUGGAGUUGAACAGGCAGACGGAGGGUGGACAAUAUGCUUUAAACCUCUUAUUGUGCCCUUGUAUAUACAGCUCCAGAUUCAUCCUGAUAUGGUCUAAUUGUAUCUAUUUCACUGUCUGUUCACUAUGCACAUUUGUGUUUGUGCCCAGGUUUUAGCUGUGUGUUUGUCUGAGUGGGAAAGGGCUGACUUAGGAAAGGUACUAGAAAGAGGGUGAUUAGAUGGUUUCAAGUGUUCAAGCUUUCCUUUGUGUGUUUAUUUUAUAUUGUCCCAGAAUGCAGUGGGAUUUUUAUUUGUUGUGUAUGUAUGUCAUUUUUUGUUGUAACUAAUAGAAUAUGACAUUUAACAAAUAAAAUAUUUUAUUGUUUCUUGA